AUUUCGAAAGCUUUCACGACUCGUUCUACCUCGAAUUUGCGUGUGGUAAAUCGUGUACUGUUAUUAAUAUUUUGAACUGUUCAGUAAGUCAUGGCGACAACCAAGACAAAGACACUCCAGGAUGUCGUCUACGCUCCGAAGCGGGAGUCGCCCCCAGCCAGCGAAAGCCUCAAUUUCUUUCCUCAUUUGCCGCCCCAUCAAGAUCCCACUACGGGCAUAGUAUCUAAGCUUCCGUCAUUGUGGAUUCCAUACGCACAACUGAUGCGUCUCGACCGCCCCGCGGGCCUGUAUGCUUUCUACUUCCCAUUUCUCAUUGGUUUGAUGUACGCCGCAUGCAUCUCACCUGUGCCCGUCAAACCCCUAGCCGUCCUCAAGUUCGGUGCCAUCCUCCUGCUUCUUAACGUCCUACUCCGAGGUGCUUCCUGUACCUGGAACGACAACUUCGACCAAGAGUUCGACAGGCGGGUCGAGCGGUGCCGCCAUCGCGCCAUCGCCCGGGGCGCCGUGUCUACGCGCAACGCGCACAUCUUCACCGCCGCGCAGCUGGCGGCCAUGUGUCCCCUGAUGUCGCUGUUCCCGGCCGCAUGCACGCCGCACAUGCUGGCCGCCUUGGUCCUGUUCUUCGUCUACCCGCUGAUGAAGCGCGUCACCUUCUACUCGCAGGUGUUCCUCGGGUUCCCAGUCGCGUGGGCCAUCGUCUUCAGCGUCGCCGCGCUCGGGAUAGAUCCUCUCCAGGCGGGUGUGCGGGGGCCGACCUUGGCCCUGUGCGCCGCCAAUAUCUUUUGGACUAUCACGUAUGAUACCAUCUACGCGCAUCAGGACGUCGCGGACGACGCGAAGGCGGGCGUCAAGAGCAUGGCUUUGCGCUUUGAGAACAGCACGAAGAUCGUGGCGAGUGUCUUGUCAGUCGCCCAGGUUCUUUCACUUGCGUUGGUCGGCAUAUGGGCGGGUUUUAGUAGCAUCUAUUUCGUCGGCACCGUUGGCGGUGUCGCGGCAGCUAUGGCUUAUUAUAUAUACGAUGUGGAUCUGAAGCGGCCGGAGAGUUGUGGUGCUUGGUUCCAUGAUCAGAUGUGUUCUUACAAGAACCCGCAGUGA